ACAGAAGACUGUUUCUUUGCAGUCACGUUGACUGAGUCUCCCCCAUGCGACGUCCGGGUCGUACUCACUCUAUCUAGCCCUCUCUGCUUUCUUUUUAACGAAUCUUAUAAUCCGACUGGGAGAUCGGCCUCUUAUUCGAAAAUUCAGUUUGUUCUCCGGAUCCACGUCGUAUGAAAUCAAAGCCCAGCCAGGCCAACCAAGCUGCAGCAUCGCAACCUCCUCAACAGUCCUCCAACAGAGAUUACCCUUCUUCGGCUUCCACCAAGCUUAUUCAAUAUGAGAAAUUAUCUCCCCGGCCUCCUGGGACACGCAACAUGCUUUCUGAUGUAUACCCCCUCCAAGCAUCAAGCUCUGGCGUCGGGGUAGUUUACGGGAAGGAACGCCCGAAGCCCAGUGUUCCUGCCAUGAAUAAACAUCCCGUUAAACUCGCGCAGCCUGAUGCAGGAGGGAGAUCCAAGGGAAAGGCAACAGCAAGUGUUUCGGAAGGGUCUGUAGGCAAGCAAAAGGCCACCCCCAAACCAGAUCUUUCCCCUCGGCUACCGAAGAAGACCUUCAAGUCGGUCCCCCAGGCCUCCAAAGAUAACUCCAAAAGCACGCCGAUUGACUAUGACAAUCAAUGUGGAGUCAUCAAUUACAAGAACCUUCCUUGUUCACGCCCCCUCGCAUCAUGCACGCUACAUUCGAUGGGUGCAAAGCGGGCUGUUCAGGGUCGCUCUCGUCCAUACAACGAACUGUUGCUCGACUUGAAACGCAAGCACACCUCCAAGUCUACCGAACCCGUCGUUCAGUCUCGCUCUUCUUCCAGUCAGCGUAUGUCUCAAGAACCCCGUAGUGAGAUGACAGCAAAGAAUGGACGAGCAUCUCAAGCGUACUAUUCCCCUAGGCAACAUAACUUCCAAAGGGCGCGCGAUGUUAGAAUAACGAACGCGGUGUUUAAUAGUGUCGGUCGCGACCAAAUCACUACCAAUCAGUAUAUCGAAUCUGGAGGUCCCGAUUUGCUUUGGGCCGUUAUCUCGGGUGUCGGAGCCUCCCACGAUUCUAAUUUACAGUUUGAUCGGGGUCGUUGUCUGCCUGGAACUCGCGAAGUAGUGCUCAGGAUUAUUCGUGAAUGGAGAUUAAACUCUGGACCCCACAAGUCACCAGUAUGCUGGCUUUCUGGCGCUGCUGGAGUCGGGAAGUCGGCUAUAGCUUUAACCGUCGCCGAAGAAUGCGAGAAGGCCCAUCAGCUUGUGUCCUCGUUCUUCUUCUUCAGAUCAGAUCCAAAGCGUAACAAGCCCGACUUUCUCAUCCCAUCGAUUGCGCAUGGUCUUGUCGUGACGAGACCGCACCUGUAUCCCGCCGUCAAUAAGAGAAUCAGCGAUAACCCCCGGAUCUUGGAAGCUAGAUUGGAAUAUCAAUACGAGGAGCUCAUAUUGAAUAAUCUAAACAGUCUUCCCCCUCCAUCCGCUCAACGGCCUCGGAACUCCGAUUUAGUCAUCAUCGACGGCCUGGACGAAUGUAGCGAUGCCGCCGCGCAGCUGCGUGUCCUCUCCAUCAUAUUCUCUACCUAUCUUCAACCAUUUACCUCCCCUCUACGAUUCCUGAUAUGUAGUCGUCCCGAAUCUUGGCUCCGGGAAGCCUUUGAAUCUCAAGAAUAUCACAGUCUUACCAGACAUCUCAAACUGGAUGAUUCCUUCCUCCCUUCCUACGACAUUGAACUCUACUUCAAUCAGCAUUUUUCGAACAUCCGCAAAGACCCCAAAUAUGCACAGGUUCAAUUCCCAGACCCUUGGCCUUCUCCCAAGGACAUUUGGUUGCUGGUUAGAAAAGCUGAUGGCCAAUUCAUCUAUGCAUCGACUGUUGUAAAGUUUGUCAAGAGCGAAUUCGCACUCCCUACUGAGCAGAUCCGUAUCAUCCUCGAUCAUAUAUCCAAACAAUCCAUCUAUUUAGAGUCGGCACAAGCGCCCUUCAGUGAUCUCGACGAGCUCUACCUCAUAGUACUGCGAGCCAAUCCUGAUCGCGAGAAGCGUCUGCACCCGAUUCUCGCAGCAAUCCUCCUAGUCCCGCUACCAUCCCCAGAGUUCAUUGAAGUUGUGCUCGAACUUCCUCGCGGGAGCGUUGCUCAGACACUGCGCGCGAUGCACUCAGUGCUCAACAUUCGUAGCCGGACAUAUAAAAUCCGGGCUCAUCAUACAUCUUUCCCCGAUUUUCUCCAUGAUCAUGCACGCUCGCGGGAAUUUUUUGUUGAUCGGCGGAGCUGGAGGGACUUUCUGGCUUGCCGGUGGACUAAGGUUCUUACUGAGCACUGUAAACGCGAUCCUGAUACACUGCUGGAGAGUACUGAAGAUUCCGCUGCUUCAAAUUUGAUUCGAGAAUGGGCUAGAUUCAGCUUCGGGAUGGGGGGAAACCGACCGUUGUCUAAAGAGCUGACACUGGCGGUCGAUACUUUUUAUCACGUAGUCUUGUCCAUCCGAACGGUCUUUUAUCCGGAGUUGGGUCAUGACACGUACCUCCACACACUUGCUGCGCUUUUACUAUUUCACGAGGUUGGUAUUUCAUGCCCUCCCACUUUCAUUCCGCUGUUACUUGGAAUUUGGGCAAAUGCAGAUGUGGUUAACCAGAUAUUUCAAGCAAUCCAAUUAGCCCACAUCAUUCCACUAAACCCGGACGCCUCUCUUAUUCGGCUAAACCCUGAUACAUGUUCCAUAUUUAGGGAUUUCCUCCUUGACCGGUCUCGGUCGAACACAUUUUUCAUUGACUUGGACUAUCAUAACAACUUUCUCGCAGAGCGAUUCCUCCACCUUAUUCAGAUGCCUGAACUUCGCCACACAGGGACUUGGGAGGAAAUUUGCAUCUUAUUCAAGGAUUGGUCUUCAAUCUGCUCCAGCGUUGACAAACCAAGUGAAGAACUGCUUCUUGAAAUUUCCCGGAUGGAUUUGGGUAGCACAAUUCAGAAUAGUUUUGAUGGGAGGUACCAUCGGUUCCGUUUACACCAACUAUUCUCUGGAUUUGAAAACACUGUGUCCUGGUUGAGAUCUAAAGCGGGUGGUGUACCAGGUCCGACUUUGGAUCUAAUCGAUCAAUUCGAGACUGUCCAAAAAGGGUUCCAUAUUCGUAGUACUAGAGAAGAUGUCGAGUCAGGACUACAAGAUAGCAUCGUCACACUGACCAUCCUCUCAAUCGGUCGACCUUGGAAUACCCAAAUACUAGCGCGAACUCUCAGGCGUCUUUUCCCAAACUAUAACGCUGAUAAAGAUGGUUCGAACGUGGCCAUACACAAAUUGAGGUCGGCCACGUUUUGCGGCGGUAGUCACUCAAAGUGUGCUCUUGAUUCCUUGGACUGCGUUACAACUCUAGUUCCGGGCGAAACAGAUGUGUAUCACGUCAAUAUCCGGGCUGGUCGUAUUCAGAUCUUGAAAGUGCUUGCAGUCAAACUACAGUCGGCGCCGGCCGUAGAGCAGUCUGACCUGGUCGACUUCCUGACGGAAUCAAACCUAUUCGCACAAUGCGUUCCCCAACCAGAACUUCUUACCCUCUGUCGAACGGUUUUGGAUACUGUGAAGGAGAUGAGAUUAUGGGAUACCCGGAAGCCCGCACUGAAGGAUGGCUUACUCCCGUGGCUUGAGUCUUUCCCUGCCCAUUGCGCUCAUGAAGUUGCAACUAUCAAGAAUGAUAUCUUCGGUUGAAAUAACACCGCCCGAGAAGCUGGGUUUUAAUUCGCGGUGGCCAUUUCUUUCCUUUAUCUAGUUCUCUGAGUUGGUUAUUACGUAAUGUCAGGCUGCUUUGGUCAACGCGAUGGACGUUUAUGUACUUAAUACCUGCAGAGCAAUCUUGACCUGUUA